CUCCACCCUCCCCACGCUCUCUCUCUCUCUCUCUCUCUCUCUCUCUCUCUCUCUCCAACCACGCUGCUCCGGACAGAGGCCGUCGGCUUCUUUGGUAGCGCGAUGCAGCGGCGGGUGGAGUUCAGCUUCCCGGGCUCGCCGGCGCGGGGGCUGCUGCCGCCGCGGCCGCCAGCGGGGAGCGCGACGGCGCCGCGGAAGGCGGAGGAGGAGGAGGUCCGGUGGCUGCAGGCAUCGCGGCAGGCCUCGCCGGACUACAGCUCCGGCACACCGUCGCCGCAGCUGUGGGCGUACCACCACAACCCCGACCACCACCACCGGCUCUACCCGGCGUCGGCGGGGAGCUCGCCGUCGCGGGCGCAGGCCAUCGCCGGGUACCGCCGCGAGAUGCUUGACCUCGUCCGCGGCCUCCCCGAGUCCGCGUACGAGCUCUCCCUCCGCGACAUCGUCGAGCACCCGGCGGCGUCCUCCUCGUCGCCGUCCCCGCCAACGCCUCCCGAUCCCCUGCCGCAACCGUCCAACGCCGCCGCCGCCGCCCGACACCACCACACCGAUGCCACCGCCGCCGCCCGACACCACCACACCGAUGCCACCGCCGCCGCCGUUCAGGUGAGCGACGAGCCAGCAGUCGCGGCAGCGGCCGUCGAGGACGGCAAGAAGCAGGGGAGGAAGCAGAGGACGAUGCGGAAGCAGAGGAGCCGGAGCCUGGAGCGGAGCGUGAGCCUGGACACCGGCCUGCUCAUCAAGCUCUUCCUCCCGCUCUCCAUGGGCAGGAAGAAGAAGGUCUCGCCGCGGCCGGACGCCGCCAAGGACGGCAAGAAGAAGAAGAAGAACCAGGGGAAGAAGGAGGCGGCGCCGGCGCAGGCGCAGGAGGAGGAGUGGUGGAACAAGAGUGAGUUCAGCGAGGCCGGCAGCAGCAGCCGGACGAGCAGCACCGGGAGCAGCCACAGCAGCACCGGCAGCAUCAGGAAUGGACAUGUCAAUGGCAGCGUCAAUCCGAGAGCGCCCGCCAGGAGUUGGAGCAGAAAGCGAACUGGGUGCUAUGCUUUCUUCAGGGCAAACAAAAGCAAAAAUGGAGUAAGCCAAGACUAAAAUGAUGACAAGGCCACCACGCAAACGAAAAAUGUGUCUCUUGUGACCCCUCCAUGGAAACCAGCAGCAGCAUUGUCACAUAGCACAAGAAGCUCAAGGAGGCAACAAAUUUCCAGAUGUGAAGUGAUCAUGGAAUGGCUGAUUUCUCUAUGGCAUGCGAUCUUCAUGUUGUAAACAAAAGGACUUGUAAUUUAGCCUAAAUAGUAUGACUGAUUCGCACAUCAGAGAGAUUAAUGUGGACAAAAUACUGGGGGCAGUGGCACCAAUGUAUACUCGCACAAUCUUCUGUAUUUUCUUGACGCAGUCACCUCUCUCUCCUGUACUAUGUUCUAUUUGUAGAUGUCCUAUGGCAUCUUUGCCUUUGGAGGCUAAUGUACACUUUUUGUUAGUACUUGUGAAUAGAAAACAGAUGCUGUGGAUGAUGACGCAUCAGCGCGUUUGUAUAGCAA